AAUGCUAGAAAUGUAUUUCAUAAUUCGUGUUACAAAAUCCAUCGCGAUAUGUUCUUCUUUGACCUGCUCUUCUCCUGUGGUCUCUUAUUGAUUACAACAGGUCAAUACACUGACAAUAUUAAAUAUGAAGAAUAUGCCGCUGAUUCCGGGAUUCUGACGACUGAAUCUGGCAGACCGAUCGGAGAUAAAUGGAACAUUAUUACUGCAGGGCCAAGGGGUCCACAACUGCUGCAAGAUAUAGUGUUCUUGGAAGAAAUAUCCCACUUUACUAGGGAGAGGAUUCCAGAGCGAGUCGUGCACGCCAAAGGAAACGGGGCUUACGGCUACUUCGAGGUGACCGACGACAUCACCCGAUUCAGCAAGGCCAAGGUCUUCGACGGGAUCGGGAAGAGGAGUCGGGUCGUCACUCGAUUCUCGAUCACCAAUGGUCAACUGGGCUCAGCAGACACAGUGCGGGACAUCAGAGGAUUCGCAACCCGGUUUUUUACGGAGGAGGGCGACUGGAAUUUGGUAGCAGUCCACACCCCAGUUUUCCCUAUUAGAGACCCUUUCCUUUUCCCGAGUUUUAUCCACUCGCAGACAGGCAAUCCGGUGUCCAAUUUCAAGGAUCCGAAUGCUGUUUGGGAUUUCAACUCCUUGGUGCCGGAGACAACAGCCCUCUUCACCUUCCUGUUCGGGGACCGAGGAAUACCCCUCGCCUAUCGGUACAUGGACGGAUUCUCAGUCAACGCUUUCAAACUGGUGAAUGCAGCAAACGAAUCUGUCUUUGCCAAGUUCAUUUUUCAGACCGACCAAGGAAUCCGGAACCUGACGUCAGAGGAGGCCACGAGGUUGGCCGGAGUGGACCCCGAUUUCCAAGGCCGAGAUCUGUUCGAAGCCAUCGAAAGGGGCGAUUACCCGUCCUGGACUUUAUAUAUACAAGUCAUGACGGAAGAUGAAGUCAAGAACUUCAGGUUCAAUCCAUUUGACGCCACCAAGGAGUGGCCGCAGGAUGAGUUCCCUUUAAUCAGGGUCGGAAAAUUGGUACUCAACGAAAAUCCCGUCAACUACUUUGCCGAAAUCGAGCAGCUGGCCUUCUGUCCGGUGAGGCUGGUGCCAGGCAUAGAGCCCAGUCCAGACAAGUUGCUUCAGGGAAGGCUCUUUGCUUACACGGACGCCCAGAGAUAUCGACUAGGCGUCAACUUCAACCAAAUCCCUGUCAACAUCCCGUCCAAGUCGCCGGCGAGAAACUAUGAGCGAAAUGGUUUCGCGACUGUUAAUGGAAACCAGGGACCCGGUCCACAUUAUUAUCCGAACAGCUAUGGAGGCCCACAAGAGCAUCCCGUCUAUUUGGAAACUCCUUUCGAAGUAUGUGGCACCGCUACGAGGUACAACUCUUCCGACGACGAUAAUUUUACUCAAGCGAGAAUAUUUUAUGAGCAAAUGAACGAAGACCAAAAAGGCCGCUUGAUUCAGAACAUCGUGGACAGUCUCUCGCAGGCCCAAGAGUUCAUCCAACAACGCCAGUUGAAUAAUUUCCGCCAAGCGAAUGAAGACUUCGCGGACAGACUGACGGCGGGGCUGACCGCCAAGAAGCAAGGAGUGAUGAAGCAAGGAGUGAUGACGCAAGAAGCAUCCGACCAAGAAGAAGCCAAUUUUAGCUUUGACGAAGAAUUUGACUUCGGCAUUGGGGAAGGAUAUGAUGGAGGGGUUGAAUCCGUCGGCCGAACGGAAUUUCUCGGGCAGACGAAAUUCGGAGGAAAUGAAGAAGUUGGGCAGCAGACGGCAUUUAACGGACAAAGACUUCUUGUGAAGAAUAUUCGUGUAUAGAUCAGCGGGAAAAAAUAAGCAAGUUGCAUUGUGGUUUCAAAUAGUAAUUCAUCUCCGAUAUCGAUUAGAGUUUCAUCAAUGGGAUGGACGAAAUUUAAUA